AUGUGGCCCUUUGGGGCUGAUGGGGGUCACAUCCCAAAAAGAGCUGGCGGGCGCCAGGCAGAGCAAGGCUGCUUUAGGAUUGUCGUUCAGCCAGCCAGCCCUGCUUUGCAAUGCCAUUGUCCUUUGAGCUCUUCCCUGCUUUGGAUGCUUGUCAUAUCCACAACGACCCUGCGGUGUAGCCCUCCCUGCUCCUCAUCCCUUGAUGGUCCCGCUCCGGAGGUUCUGUGCUGCGUGGAUGCUCUGUUGCAACCCGGAGGAGGUGUCCAGUCUCCCCCUCUUUCUCUCCAACAGUUUUGGGGAGCAGCCAUGGUGAAAUGA